UUGACAUGAUGAUGGAAUUUGUACUUGCAGGAAAAGAUCAUGAGAGUGCCCUAUGGCCCAAAUAAAGACUAUUUUAUAUACUCAUUAUUUCUUGUCUUUUGCAAUCGGAUUACCACAUCUGCAGUCUCUGCUGGAGUUUUACUGGCAAGUAAGAAGGCAUUGGACCCAGUAGCUCCAAUCCAUAAGUAUUGUAUUGUUUCCAUGUCUAACAUCCUCACAACAACUUGUCAGUACGAGGCUCUCAAAUAUGUCAGCUUUCCAGUUCAAACUCUGGCAAAAUGUGCCAAAAUGAUACCUGUAAUGAUCUGGGGCACUAUCAUCAUGCAAAAGAAGUACAAAGGACAGGACUAUUUCUUUGCAUUCAUAGUCACACUUGGCUGUUCAUUAUUUAUUCUGUAUCCGGCAGAAGGUGAUAUUAGCCCUUACAGUAGAGGAAGGGAAAGCACCAUUUGGGGAGUUUCUCUUAUGAUGGGUUAUCUUGGGUUUGAUGGAUUUACGAGCACGUUCCAGGAUAAACUUUUUAAAGGCUAUGACAUGGGAAUACACACUCAGAUAUUCUACACAACUGUCUGUUCUUGUCUUCUUAGUUUCACUGGUCUAAUCAUGCAAGGCAAUCUUCUCAUGGCAAUUGAUUUUGUAUCUCGCCAUCAUGAUUGUUUCUUUGACAUUGCUCUGCUUUCGACUGUAGCAACAGCUAGUCAAUUCUUUAUCUCGUACACAAUCCGCACAUUUGGUGCUCUAACCUUUGCCACCAUAAUGACCACAAGACAGUUGGUGAGCAUUUUGCUGUCUUGCUUGUGGUUUGCUCAUCCCCUCAGCUGGGAGCAAUGCCUAGGAGCUGUUAUUGUCUUUGGGGCCCUUUAUGCGAGAAGCUUUUUAAAUAAUAAAAAGAAACCAUUAACAUUGGACAACACGGAAAAUAGAGCUUCAAGUCCACCAAAAGGGAAUCCAUAACACGUCCUUGAAGUAUUCUGACCCUUGCAGUAACUGAUUUGAAGUAGCUCUCUGCAACUUAAGCUGCUUUGAGAUGAACUAACUGAAGAUGGAAUAGAUAGGAAUUUUAUUUUGGGUUAUUCUGCGCGGAAGGCAUGCGGUCCGCGCUUGCGUGCUCAUUCAUAACAACCUGCGUCUUAUGAUUUGAUAUACAUUUGAAAGAAACUUGAAGAACCUGCCUCAGAUAUUCGCUCUUGUUGAAUUACACCCUCAUAAGUUAUAGAAGCUAACUGAAAUUAGUCCUUCCAA